AUGACGGAAGAUUUGAAGUUAAUUGUCAUCGAGCUGAACAAACUGCUCGAGACGGAUUACAAUUUGAUAACCUUUGACUCGCUGUCGCCGGAGUCGCUGCUGCAGGUGCUGGUGGACGUGUGCCACGCGUUCGGCGCCAUCGAGAAGCUUGACGUGCGCGAAAACGACCCCGAGGACACGAACCUGCAGGUGAUGGAGGCACUGCGGAAGGUGCAGUAUCGCCCGGCGGAGGACAUCGGCGAUCCGGGCGCGUUCCGGCGCGGCAUGGUGCGGGGCGAGAAGAAGCUGAUCCAUCCGAUCCUUCGCUGGAUACUGGAGAACCACGAGCGGGUCAAGAAGGCCGCCUACCUGGCCAAAUUCUUGAUUCCGCUGGAGCUACCGCCGGAGGCGAUGUCGAUGCCGGAACUGGGCACGCUCUGGGCGCAGUAUCUGCAGACGAUGGACGACUUCAAGGAUGCUCACCGGGCGCACGAGCAGUCGGUGCACGAAGGGACGCAGACGCGCGAGCUCCGCAACGACAUCAGCGCGAUCGAGACGGAGAUCGAGAACGUGAAGAAGCGCAUCGAGCGCACCCAGACCCGGCUGGACAAGGUGCCGCAGCAGGAGCUGCUGCUCGAGGCGGCCAACAGCCUUCGGAUCGAGAAGGAGCGCCAGAAGGAGCUGCUGCAGCAGAUCGACGAGCAACGCCAGGGCCUGAACCGGGCGAACGUGCUGCAGGAGCGGCUGCAGAAGGAGCUGCACAACGCGAAGAUGGCCGUCCAGGGGGCGACUCCACGCAACCUGAUGGAAAGCCUGAUCGAGGAGACGCAGGUGCUGCAGUUUAUGGUGGAGCAGAAGCUACCGCAGGAGCUGCUCCAGUUGCGCUCCGAGGUGCAGACGCUUCAGGAGGUCAUCGAUGAGCCGAACAUCGGGCGGGCGGAGUUGCAGGAAAUGCAGUCGAAGAUCGAUGAGCUCAAUCGCGAGAUCCAGCAGCUCGUCGAGGCCCGGAUGGCCGAGUACAGUACCCACAACGACACGCUCGGUCCGUUCCGGCAACAGGCCGCCAUGGUUGCCCGAAACAAGGAGGCGGCCGCCGAGCAGCUGGACCAGGCAACUCGGGAGCUCCGCGAAGUGGAGCGCCAGCUGCAGGAGAGCCAGCGCCAGCUGCAGGACACCGUCGGCGAAGUCAUCCUGCGCGGCGACGACCUGAAGCAGUUCGUCAGCACGCUCCGGGCCAAGAGCAACGUGUACAAGCAGCAGCGGGCGGAGCUGGCCGCGGUCAAGGCGGAGGUGAAUGACUUGACGCAAACGCUCGAGAACCUCAAGUCGCAGGAUCCGUCCCUGUCGACCACCCUGUCGCAGUUGACUGACGACGACGAGGCCGCGGCCGGCGAGCCCGGGGAGGACGGGGGUGGCCCCGGCACCGGGGACGAGAGCCGGCCGGAGUCGCCCAGCAUGACGCACGGCAUGACCGAGCUGGCUCGGCUCGUCGACGGCCUCCAAAGGGCGGUCGAGGCCACGCGAGAGCGCAUUACGCCCCUCUCGCAGCAGCUCCGGCCACUCCGGGAGCGCGUCAUCGAGCUGAAAGACGAAAUGGAGUCCAAAAAGCAGAGCUACGAUGCCCUCAUCGCAACACUGGACGCCGAGUCUGCUACGAUGCAGUCGAAAAUAACGGAAACGGAACGUGCCAUCCACACGCUGGAGCAGGAAUGGCAGGAGCUGCAGCUCGAAUACGAACGUUCGCAGAUGUUGCUCGAAAAGGCCAACGAGGAGAUGUCGGCGGCUGGCAGUGUGGGCCAGGUUUCGCUGAAGGAAACCCUUUCGCAGCAAAUCCUAGAGCAGGAAACGAUCUCCAAGCGGCUGCUGGAGGAGAAAACUAAGCUGAUCAACAGUAAGGCCGAUCGCGCCCAGCAACUGGAAAUGUGGACCGACCUGCGACGGUUGUUUCAGGUCAAGAUUCGUUGUUUACAGGAGAGCAAGCAGCGUGGCCCGGGUGGUACACUCUCCGUGAGUCGAGGAGGGGCGGAAACAUUCACACUGCAGUGA